UGAGAGCUGUGGUCACACUGUCCACCCAAGCUAAAGCCGCGUCAAAUUUGUUAUUGUUAAUUUGUAUUGUUUAAAACAUGUCGCAUCCGGCCCGAAUGCCUGUAUCAGAACCAAACAUUGAAGAAGCCUUCAAAAGGCACAGCCCAAUUGCGGGUAAAGUAAAAGCAGAAUACGAUAAAGCGCUUAUGGAAAUCUUUGCGGACAUGAGCGCCAUGUGCUUGGAACCGUUUGCAGCAAUUCUAUUGGAACAUGAGAACACUAUCCUAAACAAGGAUACUCUAAUCGAACGUGUACGCGCGAGAAUGAGCCAGGUGUUGCCCAAGAUAAACGAUAAUUUUUUUGUGUCCAAUGAUGUUGGCAAGAAGUUGAUUACCAUGGAGGUGCUUAAGGAAAAGUUUGAACCCUAUAAAGGCACUAACUGGAACGUUCAUAAACUGACGCCAGAGGAACGGACAAGGCCGGUGCGCAUGCGCCUCAUGGAUUCCAGCAUUCGAUUUAUCCAAAAGCAAAUAGUUUCUCAGGAAAAAGCUAUUGGGAUUGCCAUGGCAAAGAGCAGAGAGAAUCGGGAACGUAUACAAAGCAUUCAGAAUGAGCGCGUUAAACUUUACGCCCUGAUGCAUCAGCAAACGGGGUACUACAAGGAAAUGAAACCAAAAUUAAUGGAACUUACGAAACUAAUGAUAGAUAAUGAUAAGUAGAUUAUAAGUUAAGCUUUUGUGUAUAUUCUGCAAU